CCGAUUGUACACUUCUGGACAAAAAGGGUUGACCUCCCACAUGGGUGGGGGCCAACCCACGAAUUUGGCAGCAAAGGGGGGGCUGAUCUAUGUCAAACAAGGGCUGAAAACCUUGAGGAGAUGGGAGAGACAACCUUGACAUCCCAAGGGCCCCAUUCUCACUCAUUUGGCAAAAAUGCCAAAAAGGAGCCUCACCCCCUCUCUCCCUCACUCCUUCUCUCGGCCAGCACCAACCCCAGCAAGAAAAGAAAAACCUCCAUCCUCCUUUUCCCAUCCUUGAAGAGAGCUCAAACAAUAGAGGUCCAAGGGGGAAGAUUAAAGGGAGAAAAAGCUAGGAAAAGUGAGGACGAUUAAGGUAAUGACCUUAUAUUAACUUUUCCUUUAUUUUUCUUCUAUCAUCAUAGGAAGAACCUUGAGGGUUGUUCUACAUAAUUUAAGUGUAGAAUAAUGGGUUGGAGAAUGGUUCUAAGUCCAAGAACGGACUUAGAAGCCAAACCGACAAGUUCACCGGAAAAUAACCUUUUAGAGGUUAUUUGUAUUGAUUAAGGUUUUAUGAUGUUAAAACCCUUUUAGGAACUUGGUUAAAGCAUUUUUGAGCUUCGCCGGAGUUUCGCCGGAGUUGGUCAAAGUUCACCGGAGUUGGUCAAAGUUUGCCGAAAUUAGUCAAAGUUCAAUCGGGGAGCGUAGAACGCGCUUAAGCUCACUUAAGGAAUUGAGGAUCAUAUUGAAGUUGAUUUCGAGAGCUUCCGCUAGAACACAUAGACUAAAGUGAUUGAGUAAUUUAUUUUAGUCUUAAUUUUAAAGAAUUGUAGUUGAACAAUUAAUUACGAGAAUUUUUAAUUGUGGUGGUGGAUAGCCUGUGCACUCGGUUAUGUGAGAACCGAGUGUGGCGGUAACGCCCCAGUUUCCCUUUGAAUUUUCCGCUGCAUAAUUCUGAUAAAUCAUUAUUUAAAUGUAUUUUU